ACUAAGCGUCUCCAAGCAUAGCAGCAUUUGGUAUGACGUUUUGAAUUAGGUUUAGAUUUUUUUUGUUUUGACGUGUAGUGGUUCGCUUUUGCCCGAGUUCAGCUAUGGUGAACUUGUGGGUAGUUUCCUGAAUAUCGGAUACAUCCUGGUCGUUGUUACCUCUUUGCCACAACCUACAAGAGAUUGUACACAAUCAUCAUGGCGACGCAGGAUGGAAGUGAAGAGGUCAUAAUGGAAACUGUGGACCAGCCUAAAGUAGCAGAACCACUAGUUGAAGAUGCUGAGAAAAGCGACGAAGGGAGUACGUCUCACACAGAUGCAGGAAACGCCACAACUCAGGACUCUAGUAUUAGCAAUGGGGAUGAUGCGGAUGAUCAGCAGGAGAAGGUGGACGUGAAAAUUAUUUGGAACAAGAAUAAAUAUGACCUGAAAAUUCCUGUCGAUAGCACCGGAGCCACGCUAAAAGAGAGGAUUCAUUCGCUCACUGGUCUUCCCCCAGCAAUGCAGAAAGUGAUGUAUAAAGGACUGCUUCCAGAGGACAAGACGCUACGCGAAAUAAAGAUAACAAAUGGUGCAAAAAUAAUGGUGGUAGGAUCUACAAUAAAUGAUGUAUUAGCUGUGAACACACCCAAAGAGGUCGUUCAACAGGAAGUUAAAGCUGAUGAAAACAAGAAGGAGCCUUUAUGCAGGCAAAAGCAACACAGGAAGGUUUUGGAUAAAGGUAAACCAGACGACAUAAUGACAGCUAUUAAAGGAGCAAAGGAACGAUUACCAACAGUGCCUUUAUCUGGGAUGUUUAACAAGUCUGGGGGAAAAGUUAGACUGACAUUUAAACUGGAGCAAGAUCAGUUGUGGAUCGGAACAAAAGAAAGAACAGAGAAAGUCCCAAUGGGCUCCAUUAAAAACGUAUUGUCUGAACCCAUCGAAGGCCACGACGACUAUCACAUGAUGGCUUUUCAGCUGGGUCCGACAGAAGCUUCUCAGUAUUGGGUCUACUGGGUGCCUGCACAGUUUGUUGAUGCAAUCAAAGACACAAUCCUUGGAAAAUGGCAGUAUUUCUAAUGUGCCUAUUUUUGACAAUGGUGAACUGGGAUUGAGAUGAAGAACCUGAAGGAAGGCGGAGUCAACAUCAGGAAUUAAGGAACUCAUUGGAAUAUAUUUGAAGGAAACAGACAGAUGCCUGUGGACUAAUCAUAUUCUUUGUAGGUUGAAGGUGUGGCAGCAUAACAUUUCUCAGCCCUGUUGAUCAUUCAAGAUUUACAGCAAAAUCCAAGGGAAAAUAAUAAAACAAUUGUACAGAAAUUGUUAACACUUUUCUUCAGUUAUUCUUAAAGAAAUAAAACUUAUUUAAUGAAAUAAAUCACGGGGCCAUUG